GUUUGGUCAAAAUUCUGUCUUGCAAGUUCAUACUGCUUGCUCCUAUCUCUCCCAGGUGGGGAUCACUGAGGACCAAGGCCCCUGGAGGUCCAAGGCUGGCCAAGUGGCCAUGCUGGACACAGAAGAGCAGUAGAGGUCCCAGGCCUCCUCACAGCCAGUGCAGAGUGGCCAGUGAACAAAGAGUGAGUCAUGGAUAGCUUCAUGGAGUCACUGAACAGGCUGAAGGAGGCCCAUGAGAAGGAGGUCCUGGGCCUGCAGAACAAGCUUCUAGAACUGAACUCAGAGCGGUGCCGAGAUGCACAGAGAGUAGAGGAGCUCUUUGCCAAGAAUCACCAGCUCCGGGAGCAGCAGAAGGCACUGAAGGAGAACCUGCGGGUGCUGGAGAACAGGCUGCGGGCUGGCUUGUGCGAUCGAUGCAUGGUCACCCAGGAGCUGGCCAGGAAGAAGCAGCUGGAACUGGAAAGUGCACACCUACAGAGCCUGCAGCAUCUCUGCAUCCUCACCAAUGAGAUGAAUGGGCUGAGGGAGGAAAACAAGGUCCUGAAGGAAGAGGUGAAGCAGCUUCGGAAUCUGGGAGACAAGACCACACCGCAGGCCUGGGAGGGCAACUCAGAGCCCCCGUCACCCUUGCCGCUCCCCUCCCCCAGUAGCUGGAAGGGUGCCACUGAGAACGCCCCAGGAGGCCCAGAGGAAGCUGAGGAAGACCAGUCAGGCACAGAUAAGGUGUCAAGCCACAAGACAUCCCCAGUGGCCAGAGUCUCCCCAGCUGCCAACCUGCCAGAGCCACGGGCCCUAGACAUGACCCCACAGUGCAUCUCCAACCAACUACACUCAACAGUAGCUGUGGUGCGGACCGGCUCCAGGGCCUGCCCACCGGACAGUGGUACUGCCCAUGGGACACCCCCACCAUCCACAAGAAGCACCCCACCCAGCCCAAUGUACGAACAUGGCCUCCCUGUGGACAGCUUCUUACGGGCCUCCCGGCCAUCAGCCAUAGCCUAUGAGACCCUGAAACACUCCCUCCAGACCGAUCGCUUCUGCCUCCUGAACCGACACCUGUCUCUGCACCUGCAGAGCCCCCACAGCAGCCCCCUGGCUUCUGCUGCAGCUCCCAACAGCCCCCUGCCUCGAGGCCUGAAGGCUAGAGAGGCAGAGGCAUGGGAGGAGCCUGGAGGCUUGGUGGGCAUGCAGGACCCACGGCUGGAAGGAGCAUUACACCUGCUUCUGGUCCAGCAGCAUCUGCGGGCACGGGCACGGGCAAGCACUGCCAGGAUGAGAGUCCCAUCUGCACCAGAAGAGAUGCCAACUUCCCCACCAGCUGGCUUGGAUUCUGAGAGCUCUGACAGUGAGGCCCCCAAGCCAGCUCUGAGCACAGAGACCCAGCCUGAUGGGUGGCACCCUCAAUCCACAGGCCAAAGUAGCUCCCAGAGGAAGGAGACACAUGUGGCCACUCAGGACUGCUCUCCAGACAAGCCUCUGGACCUCUCUGACCGAGGACGGUGUCGGGACAUCUCCAAGCCGAAGGGCCAGCCUUUGCCACUCAGCCCCACAAUUGUCCACACUCCCAGCCCCCAGUUGCCCACCUUAUCCAGACCCCUGAUUCACAGCUCCCAUACUCUCAGCAAUGGCAGCACAGAGACCAGAGCUCAGGAGUCUGAAGAAUACUCUACUCUCAAGGAUACCUCACACCUUCUCCCAGGGACCCGUGCCAGCCUAACCUCUCCUGGAAGGACUGCAGAGGAGACUGGAGGAAGGCCAAGGCCAGGACCUCACCUGCAGGGACCUGACACUGAUGGGACCAUGGAGCCAAAGAAGGUCAGAGCACAAAGGCCAGAGCUGGAGCAACUGGAAGAGUCAGACACCUCAGACACAAAGGUGGGCCUGCUUUCUGAGGCAAGUGUUGAGCCAAGCAAGCCAGGGGAUGGGCAUACUGAAGACCAUGGACAGAGUCAGCAACAGAAGAGGAAGCGGGCCUCAGACCUGCAGGACAAAGCCCCCAAGAAGCCAUUCCAAGGGAAGAGGAAACCAAAGGAACCCCUGACACUGGCAGAAGGUCCCAGGAGCCCAAGAGACAUGGAGGACUUCAGACUCUCCCCCAUUAACAGCUGUCAGGAGUCCUAACUCUCCAGACUGGGGGAUACUGCAUUUGCCCAGAGGUAGCUGUCACAGACUAUUGCCUGCACGAGUCAAGCCACACACCCUGAAUAUAGCUCCAAAUGGUCAACGCACAUAAGCUCCGCCUACAUCAGAGGGGCUGGUGAGCUGCAUCUACUCUUGGGUAUCUGGGCAGCCCCUCCCAUCUGAAGGCAGGGCCAGGAAUAGGGCCCUGCUUCUUUUCCUGGGCAACGCCCCCGCCUCCAGUGGAGAUCGGAGGUCCCAUAAGGUGCAGACUUUUCCAGGCUAGGAAGGACACUUCAGUCAGUGCGGUCUCAGGCGCCACCUUGUGGAGUUUUGGCAAAUGCAGCCUGCAAAGAGGGGAAAAAAAUAAAAAGGAAAGACAUGCACAGGGUACCUGAUCAGAUGUGAGAGAGCUCAGAAAAAUGAAUGGCGAUACAUGCAGCUGGCAGGGCUGAGGCCAUUGGGCAUCGACCCAUUUAGGCAGGUGAUCCAGGAUUAGCUGGAUCCAAGGACAAGAAGACAGAGCAAAAUUAACCCCUACCCUCCUCACUGUUAACAUGGUGAUAGUGAGGCAGGUGUCUCAAUGUCUCUGCGCUUAAGAAUCAGCCCUGAACCACUGGAUCCUAACAAUAUUGAAGAAACUUAGGGAAAUCCCUGUGUGUAUGAAGUUUAAGAGCUGCCAUUUCCAGGGCAAAGACAGACACUGUCGGCAAAGCACCCAGUCAGGGUCCAGUGUGGGGAAAUAAGGGAGAAAGAAGCUGCCUAGGGUGGGUCAAGGAAGGUGGCACCUGAAGCUUAAAUUGGGUUUUGAGGGAUGAAUAGGAGUGUGCCAAGCAGGCAAAGUUCCUAGCAUGCUCUUAUACGCAUCUAGAUGGGUGCCAAAACGUCAGGGUGAAGGCCAAGGAGAACUCACUUGACCAUAACUGAGUGAGGAAGGCUGGAGCUGGCCAAACCAGGUAGAAGGGGCUACAGCAUAAAAUGGAACUGUGGGUGCAAUUGUAAGAGCCUGAAACUUCUGGAACUGGAGAAACUGUCACUGGGGCUGGGUGAGGCCUGGGCUUGACAAAGUACAAUUCUCCACUGAGAAGACCUGAGAGGCCAGAAGGAUUAAAUUCCAAGGGACAGCUGGGGGUAUAUGUGUGCAUGUGUGGGUGUGUGCGUGUGUGGGUACGUGCGUGAGUGUGUGUUCAAACAGUUACAAGUUUCUUGAGCUUUUUCAAAAUUGAAUAAAACACAAGCUGUAUGUUUUAUCCACUUCAA